CCAAAGGGCUUCCUCUGCAGGAAAGGAAGGGAAAUGCCUGUGAGGAGGAGGCGGUGGCGAGCCCUGGCCAGUGCGCUGCGAUCAGAGCGGGACCCGACCAGCUGCCUCAGCCAGUCUGCCUUGCCAGGCUAAGCAUGGAUCGCGCCUCCUGAGCCGACACCCCCCCCGCCCCACACAUCCACUGCUGACUAGUUAUUCCCUCCCUUCUCAGCCCCACACCGACCCCGCUCCAGCUCCGGGAGGGAAGGAGGUGCGACCGACCCAGGCGUGCAGGACCAUGAUCUGAGGGCGGGAGACCUGAAAGUUGGGGGAGAUGAGCAACGCAGACUUCACAAAACCACCACUAGCACCAAAACCAAAGAUUAUCAGUCAUCUUUCUUCCGUGGCUGUCUCCAAAUUUCCGCCUUCAUUGUCAAGGCCUGAUAUUCUUCAUAAUCCAAACUCUAUGUCUAGGGGUCCAAAACCACCCAUUGCUCCCAAGCCAAAACUCUCAGCUGACACUGAGGGGAGGUCCAGUGUUUAUACCAACAAUAACUUAAAUAAAUUCACAAAUGGAAAACUGAUAUGUCCCGAUGGAGAGCUGUAUGAAGGAAAUCAAUGCAACAUUGAGUGCUCGGAAUCUGAGGCUGGUGAUGAAUAUAUCGUAGUUCCUGAAGCUCAGCUGACUGAUGACUUUGAACAUGCGCAUGACGAGUGUUUAGAGUCAUCUGCAGAGAAUGAGGUCUUAGAAACUCCAGAAGCAUCCGGGGAGGAAGAGGAUCAUAGCAUAGCUAAUGACGAGGAGAUCUGUAAUCCAGAAAUAACUGAAGCCGAGGACAUUGACUCUUCAGAUGCUGUGGAACCUGUGGAACCAGACUCAGAUGGAGCAACAGAAAUGAGAGGCUGUGACAGGUCUGAAGCACUUAGUCAAGUGUCUUCAGGAGCCCUUGAAGUAGAAGAUGUUGCUUCUAAGAAUAUGGAGGAAGAAGUGGACUGUGUAGAUGACCUCCAAAACUAUUUCAAAGGUGAGGCUGAGGAAACAUUUAAUAACCUCAAUCUGGUAAAGGACAAUAAUGAGUAUAACCUGGAAAACUGUAAGAUUUUGAAUGGAGAUGAGGACUUGAAGGGCAAUAUCUGUGAAGACAUUAUUCUAACACAUUUACCUGUAGAUGAUGAGCCAAUACCAGAAGAGAAUGAUGAACUGCCCCAAACUUUAGAAGAUGAGCUAUCAAACAAUGACACAGAAGUGAGUCCAGCAAACAGUGGUGACCUGGAUGAUAAUGCAGAGUUUGUACUGAGUACAGAAACGGAAUUAGUAAAUUAUGGUUGUGCAAAUUCUGAUAUAAUUCCUGAUGAUGUUGAUGAAGAAGAAACAGACAUUGGGUUAGGACUGAAAGAAAAUGAACCUGACGCAGAAGGGGAUUUGGGAGGUUCUAUCAAUGAAGCUGCAGCUGAAGAAGAGGAAGUAAGUCCAGAUAGCGACAAAGAAACAAAUGUGGAAAGGGAAGACUAUAUAGAUGAUGGGUACCAAACCAUUGAGAUGAAGAGUGAGGAGGAAACAUCAAAGACAACAUGUGAGGCUAGAGAAGACUCUGAAAAAGAGGAAGAAGUGGUGACGGCAGAGAAUAUAGAUGAUAGUUGUCAAAUUGUUCCGUUUGAGAGCGAAUGCAAUGAAGAUGUCAUUGACUCACCCCAAGAAAACUUAGAUGAUAAUUUGCAACUGGAAAGGACUUUUUUGAGUAAUGAUAGCCAGCUCUCUAGUCCUCAAACUGUUAGCGAGCCAGAGCUGGAAGGGGAAUCUAAACCAAAUGUGUUUGUUGAAGAUUGUGGUGACAAUGAAUGUGUCUUGGAAGAAUCUGAAUCAGAUGAGCAAGUUCUUGAAGGCAACAAGGUCAGUCAUAGUAGCUUUGAAGAAAGAUCCCCAAAUCCACCUGAACAAGCAUCAGUUGAGGAUAAAUACCAUACAGCGGAAGAAUUAGCUAGUUGUGAUCAAAGCAAAUAUAAAGCAGACUAUGAUAGUGAACAUGAGUCUAGUGAGUAUUUAGCAGUCCCUGAAGUGGUUGUUGUACCUGAGGAAGGAGAAACAACCAGUGAUUCUCUAGAUGAUCCUUAUGUGAUGCCCUCAGAGAAUGCAACCCCUCAUGUUAGAGAAGUGGUGCAGACUGAAUUAGAAGAUAUUCCAUGUGAUUACAGCAUAAGAGAAGAACUAAUUGUAGACACUGAAAACAACCUGCUAUCCAUUGAUCGAAAAAGUAUGGUCACUAGAACAAGGUCACUCUCUGGGAAAGUGCCUGGCUAUGUGCCAGAAACUGUUCCAGAAGAAACUGGACCAGAAACGGAUGUACAGUCCUCAAAUGAUGACUCUCUGACUGAACAUUUAACCAAUAACUUACCGCUCUUGGAAGGAAAACCAAUAGAAGUCAAUAGGGCCUUACCAGCCACGUCAAGACGCUUUAUUUUAUACCCACGGUCUUACUCGGUAGAAGGGAGAGAUAUGCCAGUCUCUGUUUACAGAGAAACUGAUGGCUCUACAUUGGAUGACAAUAGAAUAAAGAGGACAGAAGACAACCUCUUUUUGCCCUGUGUAAUUGGUUCUUCAGGUAGCUUUUCACAGAGGAAUCACCUUUCAUCAAGUGGUGUGUCCACCCCAUCCUCAGUUGUUGACAUACCACCUCCUUUUGAACUAGCCUGUAUCACCAAAAAGCCAAUCACUAAAAGUUCCCCCUCACUUUUAAUAGAGAACGAAUCUCCUGAUAAGUACACUAAGAAAAAGAAAUCAUCUUUUAAGAGGUUUCUCACCCUAAAAUUUAAGAAGAAGACAGAAAAUAAGGUCCAUGUGGAUGUUAAUGUUUCCUCUUCAAGGUCCUCUUCAGAGUCUAGCUAUCACGGGACUUCUAGGAUUAUGGAACUGGACAGAAGGAGCUUGAGUAGUUCACCUCAGCUAAAGUCCCAUACUGGGAAGCUGCGAGCUUCUGAGUCUCCCUCUACUGUUCUUUUCUACAAGGAUGGUAAAAGAAAGGGGAUCCCCAAAACCUUUAGCAGGAGUGUGUCGAGAGUGGAGUCCUUUGAGGAUCGAUCCAGACCUCCUUUCAUGCCACUUCCCUUAACUAAACCUAGGUCUAUUUCGUUCCCUAAUGCUGAUACUUCUGACUAUGAGAACAUUCCAGCUGUGAGCUCCGAUUAUGAAAAUAUACAAAUUCCUCCUCGAAGACCAACCAGAGCGGGAACUUUUACAGAAUUUUUUGAAGAUCCCAGUAGAGCAUUAUCUGCUGCUAAUGAGAAUGACGGCUAUGUGGAUAUGAGCAGCUUCACAGCCUUUGAGAACAAGCAGCAAACCACAGACCAGGAAACAGAAAGUGCCUAUACCGAGCCUUACAAGGUGUGCCCUGUCUCUGUGGUACCCGUGGAGGACGUCACAUCAGACGAGGAACAGAAGAGUUCAGAAGAUGAGGAGAGUAGCCAAGGGGAUCCCAGCCUCAUCCAUAAAAAAGAAGGACAGUCCAGAGCUUACCUCAUUGCCCAGGAGUUGGUGUCUUCGGAGAAAGUAUAUGUGGAGAUGCUCCGGCUGUUACAUGUGGAUUUCCAUGAAGCAGUCUUGAAAGUGCUGGGGGAUGAGGAUGAAAAUGAGAGGGAGGAGGUGAAGCUCAAGCAGGGCUUGAGUGAGAUCCCUGAAAUCUACAGACUACACCAGGAGAUACUGGGAGAACUGGAGGAAAGAGUCCUCAAUUGGGAGGAACACCAGAAAGUGGCCGACGUUUUUCUCUCAAGAGAAUCAAGGUUCAAUCACCACACAGCAUAUAUUAUGCAGUUUGAUAGGAAUUUGGCUUUGCUAGAUGAAACCUGCCUUAAAUCUUCCCAGCUGGCCACUGUCAUCCGUGAGUUUGAGCAGGAUCCUGGCGGCAGCCCCCUGAAUGUGAAACACCAGUUUUUGAAAGUGGUGCAGCGCAUAUUCCAGUACCGCGUGCUACUCACAGAUUACUUGAAUAACCUUUGUCCUGAUUCUGCAGAGUAUGAAGACACACAAGCUGCCUUACUCAUGGUCUCUGAAAUUACGGACCGAGCCAAUGACAGCAUGCAGCAAGGGGAAAACUUGCAGAAGCUGGUACACAUUGAGCACAGUGUCAGGGGGCAAAGCAACCUCCUCCAGCCAGGAAGGGAGUUUCUGAAAGAGGGAACACUGAUGAAAGUGUCUGGGAAAAACAGGCAUCCUCGGCAUUUGUUCUUGAUGAAUGAUAUUCUGCUGUACACGUAUCCCCAGAAGGAUGGCAAAUACCGACUGAAGAACACCUUGGCUGUGUCCGGCAUGAGGGUCAGCCGCCCAGUGACAGAAAAAGCCCAAAACGUCCUGAAGAUUGAAUACGCUGAACACUGCCUGACCCUGUCAGCAAGUUCAUGCUCUGAAAGGGACGAGUGGUAUAGCUGCAUCAGCAGAACCAUUCCAGAUGACUACAAAGCUCACAAUGCAUCUACCUUUCACAACAGUAUUGAGCUAAGGGAAAGACUGGGAAUAUCCUUGGGUGAGAGGCCUCCAACCUUGGUACCUGUGUCCCACGUCAUGAUGUGUAUGAACUGCGGCUCUGAUUUUACCCUCACUCUGAGACGCCAUCAUUGCCAUGCAUGUGGGAAGAUUGUAUGUCGAAAUUGUUCAAGAAAUAAGCAUCCCCUGACGUACCUCAAAGACCGACUAGCAAAAGUCUGUGACGGCUGCUACUCAGAACUGAGAAAAAGAGAGCGGCCAGUAAGUGUGAGCUUCCCUCCAACUUCAUCCAGGUUUUCAGGCAGUGCCUUCUCUUCCGUCUUCCACAAUAUUCACUACUCAUCCUUCAAGAAACAAAAGAAGAUCCCUUCUGCUCUUAUGGAGGUAGGACCAACGCUGCCUGAGAAAAGGUGGCAGCUUCAGGAGAGGGCUCUUCUAUCAGUGGCUAUCUCAGCAGGUGUAAGAGAGGCAAAAGGCACUGGAAGAAGCUCUGGUUUGUUAUCAAAGGCAAAGUCCUCUACACCUACACGGCAAGUGAGGAUAAAGUCGCCACAGAGAGUCUGCCUUUGCUGGGUUUCACAGUUGCCCCAGAAAAGGAGGAAGGAAGUACGGAUGCAGUUUUCCAUCUUUACCACAAGCAAACCUUGUUUUAUAGCUUCCGCUCGGAGGAUAACAAUUCAGCACAGAGGUGGAUUGAAGCCAUGGAAGAAGCAACCAUAUUAUAGCAGUAAUCAAUCAAGAGGACUUGGAAUAAACUCUCAGAUUUCUCUACAUUCCCAUCAGCCCGUUUCUGUUUCAAGAAGCUGAGUAGUGUAUUUCAAACCACCUGGCUAUACACACUGGAUAUGAACUGUUUCCAGAUUGCUAUCUUUCUUUUGCUUCCUUCAUUUUAAAUCCACAUUUUUUGCAAGUUGAAAACUUUAAAAUAGAGAAUAUUCAUGGUCCUCUUUAUGUCUGUGCGAGUUCAACCUGUGCUAUAACUCAUUCCCAUAAUCCCACAGUAAAUUAAGUUUUAACAUCAAGACAAGAAAUAGAUACAAAUUAUUUCUGAACUCACAUGGAAGUACUGGCUAACAGUAAGUAACAGGUUCAGUUUUACUUACCCUAGAGAACUAUCAACUUUCAUUUUGUUGGUUUUGGUGUCUACCAUGAAAUAAGAAAUAAUGCAGUAAACCACAGAUUCUCAUUUAAAGCACUUUAUUGUUUUAUUGUAUUACAGCUUCAUUUUUUUCAAUGUUUCCAAGGAAUUUUGUGGACUGAUUUACCACCAGUCCAUUAACAAGUGCCAGCAUGAAGUCGUGCACUGCAUACAAUAAAUUGCUUCCACAGACAAUGAACAAAUACAUGCAACGCACUAUGUAUGGUCUGCCAGUACUCCAAUGGCUAGGAUCCAGGGUGAUUACUUGCCAAUUUAUAAUUUUACAUAAAUCACUGUAUAAUUUAUUUAAUAAGUUUCAUUUCUUACCACUACAGUACUUUAAAAUGCACUACGGUAGCUCUCCAAACCCACAUGCUGAAUACCGUUUUCCCCUGUAGAUUGUAUCUGACUGAAAUCCAAAGGAUAUUUUAAUUUAUUGUAAGCCUUAAGACAGUUUUCAUUUGACACCGGUCGACUUAUUAGUGUUAGAUUAUUUAAAUAUCUGAUAGAAUCUUUUUAUUUUAAGAAGCCAUGUUGUUACUGCUUUGAUGACGUCUGAUAAAGGUCAUCAAAAAUUUAAUUCCUGUUACCAGCAUAUAGUAAUAGAUAUGCUGGCUGGCUGAAAAACACUUGUCCGAACAUGGUCUGUCCAAGUGCUUUGGAAUUCCUGUGGCUAAGUGCUGCUGUGCAGAUCCCCAGGUGCUGUACAUCAGCACAGCUCCACUGAAGUCAAUGGACCUAUGCUGAUUUACACCAGCUGAGGAUGUAGCCCUAUAGGUUGAGUUUUGUUUGGGGUUUUUUUUUAUAUAAAAGAGAAAAAAGCAAUGUUCUAAAUAUUGUAAUAAAAUGAUUUAAUGUCAUACACUUCUCCUAAUACUAGACUGAGGAAUAGACUGGCAGUUAUGGGAAAGUAGAUCUUUGUAUAGACUACAACAGUCAAAGAUUUACUUACAUUAAAAUAUGUUUUCAGGGGGAAAUGUUUUUUUAUUACUAGCAUUUUUAAUAUUUUUCUUCCGUAAUUUGCAUCAAAACCUGAAUUUCUGGUUCAAAUGGUGACUGGUUAGAAUUGUCCAUAUUUUUUAAACGUUUACAAAAUGUAUUCAGGUGAAACUAAGUAGUCAGUUCUGUUCACCAUUUGAAAAAAUAAUUACAAGUUUAAAAACAUCAAAUAUGGACCUAAUUGAACAGUGAAAUGCAGUUGUGUAAGUUUGUUGAUACAUCUCAGUCUCUGAUACUCUGUUGCAUAAAGCACAGUCAUAUGCAAAGAGGAAUUAAUUAUAAAAAGAAUAAAGCUUUUGUAUUAUCUUAAAAGUGGGUAAACUCCAAUGUUAACUCUGUACAUUUUGUGUUACAACUAUGGCCUUGCUUCCAUUAGACUGUAAAUGUUCUCUCUUGUUUUUUCAUUUUUUUCCCUUUAAAAAUCAUUUGUUGGAUUUGCACUGACAAAAACAAAGAAUGUUAAAUACAAAGUAUAACAGAUUUAAAUCACUAACCAAGGUUUCAAACAAAAAACUGUGCUACAAAUAACAGUAUUAUGAAGAUUUAGGUGCUGACAUUUAGGCCCAGAUCCUCAAAAGGUAUUUAGGCACCUAACUCUCCCACUGAAAUCAAUGGGAAUUAGGCCCCUAACUACCUUAAAUGAUCUGGGUCUUGGUGACUUGUAUGAAGUUUUCAGUAACUGACAGGAAAUGAAUACAUGAAAAUAUUUUAUUGUAAAAAAUAAAUACAGUGCUAUUAAACUUCUUGUUUUAAGUAAUGUGGAAAAAUUAAAAAGCAACAUAUAAUUCCA